AUGAUGAUUUAUGAAUUCAAAGAGAAAGGCAUCAAGAAACAAAAAGUACUUAUAAAAGUUUCCGCUGAUGGGGUUUUUGUUUACUUAAGGAAAAAGCCUAAGUUUGGAAUUCGCUGGCCAGUGUCAAGAACAUUCAUUUCCACUUCACAAGUUCCUGGUACUCGAGUAUUCAGUGAAAUCCUGACCACAGAUACGACAUCUGUUAAAGAUUCGAAUGGCGGGACGGGAGAUUAUGACGCAAUGUCUGCAACUGGAAGUGGUUUACUUGGCCUGGGGUUAAGGGAUACAUCUAUGCUUGAUUGCAUGCAUCAGUCUAAUCUUUUGCUUUACCAUCCAAUUUACAGAAUUUUCUAUGUCUCACAUGAUUCCCAAGAUUUGAAAAUAUUCAGUUACAUAGCAAGAGAUAGUCGAACCAGUGUCUUCAGAUGUAAUGUUUUCAAAGCCUAUAAAAAGCUACAAGCAAUGCGAAUUGUACGAACUGUAGGUCAGGCAUUUGACGUCUGUCAUCGAAUCGCACUGCAGAAGCAAGAACAACAAUUAGAAACAACCGAAGACAGCAACAUUACAAAUAACAACAUUGACGAAAAAGAUGACCUCAAUGAGGAAACAGUAAAAUCUGAUAAGAAGACCAGUAGCAAUCUGAAUACGAAUAAUAAGUCUAAUGAAUCAACUAACCCGAAAAAUAUAAUGGUGAUGUAA